UAUAGAGCAUACACCCAGUCCCUUUCUAUCACAACUGAUUUCCUUAAUCCAUUGCUUGGAUCUGUACCUUUAUCACUCGGGGCAUUGACAAUAGCAGAAAAAAUGUUGACCGAAGUCGAAAGUAUACUACUGCAAUGAAUAUAAAUUUACAACAGAACUACUGUCAUUAGUUACUUCAUAAUAAAAGACUUUCAACUUUAACAUAGUAACUGAAACCUGACCUAUCUUAGUUAAUCAAUAAUCAAACAAAACAGAGAAUAGUCUUAUCUAUUUUAGGCAACCGAAGCUUGAAUGAUUCCAUUAUAAACACUGAAAUAUCUUGAAAAUAAACCUCAAUUAUUUAUAAUAUAUGUAAAAUCUGAAUUUUUCAACAGAAUACUUUUAGAGAGAUAAUACUGUAUACAAAGUGGUUUAAGAAAAACUUAUUUACAAAGGAAAGGUUUAAUGUUAUAUUUUUGAAAUGAAAAUGUUAAUGUUUUGGAAAGCUGUAAGUUUAAUUUUACUGUAACAAAAUUAAAUAGCUUACAAGAACGUGUAUUAAAGGGCAAAAAUACAAAACUACUAAUAAUUUUACUGUAAAAUCAAAAUAAUCAGGACAAUAUAUUUGAGCUCAAAAGAUGAAAAUGUUUACACUUUAGGAACUACCUUAUAAGUUUUUAUCUAAAUGGAAAUCACUGAUCUGUUUUUAAGAUAAUACUAAACAAAUGUAUACAAUUUGUAUGCAUUUUGACAACAACAGACUUUAGAAAAAUUACUUGAAAUAUCAACAAAAUGAUGUAAAAGUGCUAUAAGAACAGAAAGCAUACCAAACUGGACUUGUUAUUAAACACUACAGAAAUUUGAAUGUCAGUAUCAUGGUUGCUGGUAAUAAGUGUAACAAAAAUGGAAGUAAACUGAAAAAAGAAUAAAACAAAGAGGAAGCGGCCACCUGAAAGAAACACUAUGGGCUGCGGAGAUUCUAAGCCUGCAGUGACGCCAUUUGCCUCCGAAGAGGACCUUAAUGCCCCUAUAUGUGAUCCAUGUGUCAACCAGCACAAACCCGCUAAAGGUUGGUGUGGGCAAUGUGGCGUGUAUCUAUGUAGCAAGUGUGUAUCUUCACAUACGAGAAGUCAUCGUUUAGCCACAGGGAAAAAUCUCCCACAACAACGACCCAAGUAUGAGUCCUUGUCUAACAACGUCCUUGUUAAACAGGCAAUACCAGUGGCAACCUUAGAGGAUAAAGAAAUCAAAGUAGAGGAGGUUCCGCAGUCAGAGAGAAACAUACAUGGAUGUAUCAGUGUAGAUAACUUCACUGUCACUAUACGAGAGAAAAACCUCACUCUUUAUAAUGAAGAUUUUGAGUGUAUUGGUGACAUUGACUACAAAGUUCUGCAUCCCAGCUCAAUCUGUUCCCGUGGUUAUGACAUUGUUGUGUCAUUCAGACGGAUCAAUAAGGAAGAAUUACAAGACCCUACCAAAAAAUGGCCUAAAUUCAACGACAUCCAGACGUAUAAACUUCAGCCACCUGGGUGUGCCACUGUUGCAAAACUCACAAAAAGUGUGGCAUUUAACACUGAAGGUGAAUGUUUCUCAACAGCAGUUUGUCCCCUGUAUGAUAAAAACCUAACUAUAGCUGCGGGUAUGAAACUGAAUUCCCAUCCUGAGAGAGAUGAUAUCGAGUAUCAAGUUCAAAUCAUCAAAUCAAAUGGUAAAGUUCUCAAAACUCUAACUCUCAACCAACUUGGUGAACCUUGUUUUGCGUGUGAAUUCUUUUUAUGUGCUACCAUGAAAUUUGAAGAAAUUGUUGUAACAGAGGCAAAGUUACGAAGAGUGAGAGGCAUUAACAUGAAAACUGGAAAAACAUUAUUUGAAUUUGAAGGUGGCUCACCGCAAGGGAUAGCAUAUGACCUGGAGGACAAUGUCUAUGUGUACAAUGACUCAGCAAUUUACUGGAUUGCUCCAUUACGACAUAAGAUACACUACAUGCAGCAGGGAUAUAAUAAAACAUUCAGCAGAAGAGAAAACAGGCUGGCAAAUGCAAUCAGUUACAAUGAUAAUCAAAAAGUUCUUUAUCUGACAAGUAUCGAUAAAAGCACAAUAGAAACAUAUAGAAUUGUGUAACACAAAUUAUCGUGCAGUUGCCUUGAGAUUUUAGCUUUCCAUAUUUUCUCCAUUCCCAUCUGAGUAAUUUAUUUUUGUCUGAUUUUUGUUCUAUGAAAUAAAGCAAACUGAAAUCACAUAACAUCUGCAAAAUCUUUUUUUCUGAAAAAAAAAAAAAGCAUUGCCACUUGAAAACUUUUCAAAUACAUUAUAACCUGUAUUAAGAGAACACCUAAGGGAAGGGCAACAAGAGGACCAUGAUGGUCCUGAAUUGCUCACCUGUCCCCACAUGACCCAGUUUUGAACUGAGUAUGAUGUCGUGUUUUCUAUUAUUUGACAUAGUGACCUAGUUUUUGAGCUCAUGUGACCCAGUUUUGAACUUGGCCUAGAUAUCAUCAAGAUAAAAAUUCUGACCGAUUUUCAUGAAGAUCCAUUGAAAAAUAUGGC